CAUUUCUCAUUAUUUUAUAAUCCUCAAAUUAUUAAAAUUUUACAUAAUAAAGAAUGACAAUUAUAAGCGGUAUUUUGAGAAUUCUAAAAUUUGGAGUAGUUUAAAAUAUUGCGCAUCCUCUUUCCUUGCGCCAUGGCCGCAUCCUUCUCCAACCUUCUCUCCCUGCUUCACAAAGCCGCCGCCGCCUCCCAAGUCCUCCAGAUCCACGCGCAGCUUGUCGCCGCAUCCCUCGUGCACCGUCCCUCGGUAGCAAGUCGCCUCCUUUACGCCGUCUGCGAGCUCCCCGGCGGCGCCUUUCCCGCCCGCAUCCGGCCCUCCUAUGCCGAUCUCGUCUUCUCCCAUAUUCCCCGCCCCAACGCCUUCGCCUGGAACAAUAUCAUCCGCUUCCACGCUCGGUCCUCCUCCCCGAUCAAGGCCCUUCUGACCUUCGCCCGGAUGCGUCAAAAUCGCGUCUUGGCCGACCAUUACACGUACCCCUUCGUCCUCAAGGCCUGCUCCUUGGUGCCCGGACUCGACGAAGGGGGAUCUGUUCACGGGAGCGCUCUCAAGGAAGGAUUCGCCGAAGACUCCUUCGUGGUGAACGGAUUGAUCAACUUUUACUGCAAGCGCGGAGAGAUCGCCUCCGCUCGGAAGCUGUUCGAUGGAUCUCGGUUCAAGGAUUUGGUAUCGUGGAACUCUCUGAUGACUGGAUAUGUGGAUCGCGGGGACGCAUCGGAGGCUCGGAAGCUGUUCGACGCGAUGCCGGAGAGGGAUGCGUUCUCCUGGACGAUCUUGAUCGACGGAUACGGGAAGAAGGCAGGGGAUGUCGGCCGCGCUCGAGAGCUGUUCGAUGAAAUGCCCAACAAAGACGUUGCCUGCUGGAAUUCCAUGAUCGAUGGGUAUGUUGGAGGGGGCAUGAUAGGCCCUGCCAGACAACUGUUCGACGAAAUGCCACAAAGAAAUGUAGUGUCUUGGAGCAUUCUUAUCCAUGGCUACGUGCGAUGUGGAUACCCAAAACAAGCUUUGGAGCUCUUCCAGCGGAUGCUCGUUGAAGGAAUUAGAACUGAUCAAGUCUGUGCAGUAGGUGUCAUUUCUGCAUGUUCGCAGUUGGGUGCUCUUGAUCAAGGUCGAUGGAUACACUCCUACCUGAAGAAGAACACUGGAUUGCUGGACGGUGUCACGGAAACAGCGCUGGUCGAUAUGUACAUGAGAUGCGGGGACUUGCAGCAGGCCCGGUUGAUCUUCGACCGAAUGCCAAAGCGGAGCGUGGUGACAUGGAACGUGAGCAUGGUAGGACUCGGCAUCCAUGGUUUUGGAGCUGAAGCUCUCGAGCUUUUCCACCAGAUGGAGAAAGGAGGGGUUCCAAUGGAUGAUCUGACUUUCGUCGCUGUCCUAACAGGCUGUGCUCACACUGGUUUGGUUGACGAGGGGCGGUGCAUCUUUGAGAGGAUGAGGAGCGAUUUCGGGAUAGAGCCAAAGGCCGAGCAUUACGGCUGCUUGGUGGACCUCCUCGGCAGGGCAGGGCUGCUGCAGGAAGCUAGACGAGUGAUCGAGACGAUGCCGACGGAGCCAACUGCAAGCAUUUGGGGUUCACUUCUCGCAGCCUGUCGAGUCCAUCAGUGCACUGAGCUAGCAGAGGCUGCAGUUGAGCAGUUGAGGAAGGUAGGGGCAGACGACGGGGGAGUGUAUGUGCUGAUAUCAAACAUAUAUGCAGCAGAGGGGAAGUGGAACGAGGCAUCAUUGAUAAGGAGAUCGAUGAGCUGCAGAGGAAUGGAGAAAGUGAUUGGGAGGAGUGCAGUGGAGGUGGAUGGUUGUGUUCAUGAGUUUGUCAAUGGAGAUACUUCACAUCCUUGCAAAGCGCAAGUUUAUGCAGUUCUGUGUGAGCUAUCCAGGGCAAUGCUUCCUAAGAGAUAGUAAAUGAGGCUACAAAAUAACAAAAGGAACACUCGGUUAGUAUUUAAGGCAAAAGAGUAGAUGUCAAUACAGAAAGAAACAAGGCACAAGAACUUGCCAUAUGGUGAUUGCAUGCUACAUAUCAUCAAUAUCUGUACAAUGUGUCAGCACAGCAGCUCCAGGAACUAGCAAAAGAAACAGGUUUUUUUUUUUAAAGAGAUUUUUUUUUUCUACAUUGGAUCAAUGAUGAGCUAUCCUAAAUAAUCAAUACAAAUUACAAGCUGAGGAAGCUGUACAUGUGGGGAAAUGCUACUUCAAACAAAAGGGCAAACUCUCCACAAGCUAAAAGAGGGUGGGCUCUAUGUGAGAGAGAACAAAAGAAUUUUGUCAAUGGACGCACCAGGAAUGUCGUGAGGGCUAUAGAAGCAUGUUGUUGCUGCACGCUUGGUCUGUCAGCCUUGAAACACUGCCGGCCUGGUCUUGAGCCAGUGCAUCAUCUCCUUGUCUAAUGGACACUUAUUGAGGGCAGCGUCCAG